AUGGCUCAGCAGGUAUAUAUGGUUGCUGCCAAGAAUAAGGAUUCAAGUUCAAACCUCACAACCCACAUGGGAUUCUUCAGCAAGCGCCUGAAAGGUUCUAUCAAGAGGACCAAAAGCCAGUCAAAGCUUGACAGAAACACAAGCUUUCGACUUCCAUCCCUUCGAAGUGCAGAUGACAGGUCUCGUGGUCUGCCUAAACUGAAAGAGUCUCGUUCACACGAGUCCCUGCUGAGUCCAUGCAGUGCAGUAGAAUGUCUCGAUCUUGGUAGAGGGGAGCCAGUGUCAGUGAAACCACUCCAUAGUAGCAUCCUUGGACAAGACUUCUGCUUUGAGGUCACCUACUUAAGUGGAAGUAAAUGCUUUAGCUGUAACUCUGCCUCAGAGAGAGAUAAGUGGAUGGAAAACCUUCGAAGGACAGUUCAGCCAAAUAAGGACAAUUGUCGGCGAGCUGAAAAUGUUCUCCGUUUAUGGAUCAUUGAAGCCAAGGACCUUGCCCCUAAAAAAAAAUAUUUCUGCGAACUGUGCCUUGAUGAUACCCUCUUUGCUCGUACAACCAGCAAGACCAAAGCAGACAAUAUUUUCUGGGGUGAACAUUUUGAAUUCUAUAGCCUUCCACAUCUUCAUAGCAUCACUGUUCAUAUUUAUAAGGAUGUGGAAAAAAAGAAAAAAAAGGACAAGAAUAAUUAUGUAGGGCUAGUCAACAUCCCCACUGCCAGUGUGACUGGUCGCCAGUUUGUAGAAAAGUGGUACCCAGUGAGUACACCCACACCCAACAAAGGAAAGACAGGAGGACCUUCUAUUCGGAUUAAGUCACGUUUCCAAACCAUCACCAUUCUGCCUAUGGAGCAAUACAAAGAAUUUGCAGAAUUCAUCACCAGCAACUACACCAUGCUGUGCUCUGUUCUUGAGCCAGUAAUUAGUGUGAGGAAUAAAGAGGAGUUGGCUUGUGCCUUAGUACACAUUCUUCAAAGUACUGGCAGAGCCAAGGAUUUUCUGACUGACUUGGUGAUGUCUGAGGUAGAUCGUUGUGGAGAGCAUGAUGUCUUGAUCUUCAGAGAAAACACCAUUGCCACGAAAUCCAUCGAGGAAUACCUCAAGUUGGUGGGACAACAGUACCUCCAUGAUGCACUGGGGGAGUUCAUCAAAGCCUUGUAUGAAUCAGAUGAGAACUGUGAAGUGGAUCCCAGCAAGUGCUCAUCUAGUGAACUGAUAGACCACCAGAGCAACCUGAAAAUGUGCUGUGAGCUGGCUUUCUGCAAGAUCAUCAACUCCUACUGUGUCUUCCCUCGUGAACUGAAGGAGGUGUUUGCAUCAUGGAAACAGCAGUGCCUGAACCGAGGCAAGCAAGACAUCAGUGAGCGGCUCAUUAGUGCCUCACUGUUUCUCCGUUUUCUUUGCCCAGCCAUUAUGUCUCCCAGUCUUUUCAGCUUGAUGCAGGAGUAUCCUGAUGACCGAACAUCUCGGACUCUAACUCUUAUAGCCAAGGUCAUUCAGAACCUGGCCAACUUUGCCAAGUUUGGUAACAAAGAGGAAUAUAUGGCAUUCAUGAAUGACUUUUUAGAACAUGAAUGGGGUGGAAUGAAGCGGUUCCUUUUGGAGAUCUCUAAUCCAGACACCAUCUCAAACACACCAGGCUUUGAUGGUUACAUUGAUCUGGGCAGAGAGCUGUCAGUUUUGCAUUCCUUACUAUGGGAAGUAGUCUCUCAACUUGAUAAGGGUGAAAAUUCCUUCCUACAGGCAACUGUGGCAAAACUGGGGCCUCUCCCUCGUGUUCUUGCUGAUAUUACCAAGUCUCUGAGUAAUCCUACACCAAUACAACAGCAACUGAGACGCUUUGCUGAGCAUAGCUCCAGUCCAAAUGUCAGUGGAAGCCUCUCCUCUGGCCUCCAGAAAAUAUUUGAAGACCCCACUGACAGUGAUUUGCAUAAACUAAAAUCUCCAAGCCAGGAGAACACAGACGGCUAUUUUAGAGGGAAAACGUUAUUGUUGGUUCAGCAAGCCUCCUCCCAGAGUAUGACUUACUCCGAAAAGGAUGAAAAGGAAAACAGCCUUCCUAAUGGUCGGAGCAUCUCCCUCAUGGACCUGCAGGACACUCAUGCUGCUCAGGUGGAGCAUGCGUCUGUCAUGCUUGAUGUGCCUAUGCGCCUCGCAGGAAGCCAACUGUCUAUAACCCAGGUGGCUAGCAUCAAACAACUUCGGGAAACCCAGAGCACUCCCCAGAGCGCACCUCAAGUAAGAAGACCCUUGCACCCAGCCUUGAACCAGCCAGGAAGUCUCCAGCCCUUGUCAUUCCAGAACCCUGUCUAUCACCUCAACAAUCCAGUUCCAACAAUGCCAAAGGCCUCUGUAGAUUCUAGUUUGGAGAACCUAAGCACUGCCAGUUCUAGAAGCCAAAGCAAUAGUGAAGACUUCAAACUCAGUGGACCCAGCAAUAGCAGCAUGGAAGAUUUCACCAAAAGAAGCACGCACAGUGAAGACUAUUCCAGGCGGCACACUGUACCAGACAGACACAUACCUCUUGCUCUACCACGACAAAAUAGUACUGGGCAGUCCCAAAUUCGGAAAAUGGACCAGGCUGGGUUAGGUGCCCGAGCCAAAGCACCCCCAUCCCUCCCACAUAGUGCUUCCUUACGCAGCACAGGGAGCAUGUCAGUGGCAUCUGCAGCACUGGUGGCUGAACCUGUGCAGAAUGGGAGCCGAUCCAGGCAGCAGUCCUCUUCCUCCAGAGAGAGCCCUGUUCCCAAAGUGAGAGCAAUCCAGAGACAACAGACACAGCAGGUUCAAUCACCUGUGGAUUCUGCCACAAUGUCUCCAGUAGAAAGGACAGCUGCCUGGGUUCUGAACAAUGGACAGUAUGAAGAGGAUGUGGAAGAAACGGAACAAAAUCAAGAUGAAGCCAAGCAUGCUGAGAAGUAUGAACAAGAAAUUAGCAAAUUGAAAGAGCGCCUGAGAGUGUCCAGCAGGCGGCUAGAGGAGUAUGAGCGCCGGCUACUGGUGCAGGAGCAGCAGAUGCAGAAGCUGCUGCUGGAGUACAAGGCUCGGCUGGAGGACAGUGAAGAGCGGCUGCGCAGACAGCAGGAGGAGAAGGACAGCCAGAUGAAAAGCAUCAUUAGCAGGCUAAUGGCUGUCGAAGAGGAAUUAAAGAAGGAUCAUGCUGAGAUGCAAGCAGUUAUUGAUGCAAAGCAGAAAAUCAUUGAUGCACAGGAAAAGCGGAUCGUGUCCCUGGAUUCAGCCAACACAAGACUGAUGAGUGCACUGACUCAAGUGAAGGAGCGGUACAGCAUGCAGGUCCGCAAUGGCAUCUCUCCCACCAACCCCACCAAGCUUUCCAUCACGGAGAAUGGUGAAUUCAAAAACAGCAGCUGCUGAUGGCCUUUGUGAAUACAGACUGUGGGAGGAGACAGAAGGAAGUUGCCCAGCUCUCCUGUCCCCAGCCUUUUAACCCUCUAGGUUUACAGAAUGUUGCUUCAAAUAGCAGUAUGGCAAAGAAACUCUUAAAUGAAGAAAGGAACCUUGUCUUUCAGGGCAUAAAGCAAAGACCAACAGUGUCAAUGCUUUCCCCAGCAUCUCUAUGUACAUAGGGAACUUAGUUCUGGGCCAUGUACAGAAAUACCACUGUAAUAUACCAAAAGGGAGUUAAUAAUGUAGAGUACCUUUUUAAUUAUUACUAUUUUAUUAUUGUUUUUCUCUUGUUGAAAGCACUGCAGUUUUUAGUGGAGGAAAAAUAGGAGUCGAGUGUGAGUGAGAAAUGAGCCUGUCAGUUCAGUAGGUAGAGACUCUGUAUUGGAUAGGAGCACAUGGAGUGCAAUAGGACCUUGUCAGAAUGAGUUUUUUUCAGGGAUUCAUCUGCCAGUUUAAAAGCCUCCCCUCAGUCCCUUACCUAAAUUAGGAAAACAUGAAAUACCAAGAUCCACACAAAACAGUACUUUAUACUACUGAUCAACCAAGAUGGUUCUGAUCAGAUCAACUAAGAUGGUUCUAAUUUGGAGAGUCACCAUUUCAGAGGACAUGGAUAAGAAUGGUUGAUUUCACCAAAACUGAACUAGAAAUGAUUUCUUUUCAACUCCUGUCAGUAUGUUCAUUUCCUCCAUCUAUAACAGAUGGGAAUUUUCUGUUUCAGAUAUGGGACUUUUUGAUUUUUACUCCUACCUUUUUUUUUUUUUUACUACUCUGUAGAGUUGACAGAACUAUAAAUAUUUGUGUCUCUGUCUAGCAUCUUCAUUUUCACAUGUGCACUGUCCUUGCCUCCCCGUGCUGGGAGCAGUCAGCACCAACAGGGUUUACUCUCCACUGGAGAGGCUAUUCAAGUAUGCCAUUCAUAAGCCAUCUAUCUGAAUAAAUACCCUUUCUUCCAUACAGAAAAGGGCUAAUUACAACAGAGCAGGAAUCAGUGAAUAUUUCCCACUAAAAUUUUUCUUUCUAUUUGUCAGUUGUAUCUUUGCUUAGGAUAAAGAAUGUAUCUGCCAUACUAACAAAUCUGUGGGCAGGGUUAUUUCAUCACCACUUUUAACCUUUAAAUUGCUGCUUCUUUUAUUUAUCCCUUCCAUUUGGGAAGGAAAUCUAAAAACUGAAGCAUUUCUUCCUUUUAUAAACGAUGAUUAAUCUUGCUAGAGAGAACCAGAAUGUGAGGAUGGCACAUUCCAGGUGUUAUUCCACACUCAUGGUAGACUCAGCAAGAAUGACCCAGCUUAUCACUAAUGGCUUUAAUAUAGGACAGAAAUCCAUGUUUUUCUCCAGAGUGUGACAUGCCAUCUGGAAUGCAGGCUUAAUUACCAGGGAUUAGAGAAAGUUAGCUGCAGGUUAAACAAAUAUUAUAUAUAUAAAUAUAUAUACAUAUAUUCACACAUAUGUACAUAUAAUGUGCACAUCAAAAAUGUUCAUACCUUCUAUGUUGUUGGAUAUACAGAAAUAAUGUUUAAAAAGGGUCUUGAAUCUCCUUAAGCAAGAUCUACAUCAUUUUAUAUUGAAAAAAACAGCAUUUCUCAAAUAAGUUAAUGUUUUGUUUUUUAAGUUAUAAACUUUAAGAAUUUUUUAAGUAAAGGAUGCGGAGUGAGACAUAACAGAGCCAUAUGCAUGGAGUAUGUGUUUCUACAUAGUAGGAUAAUUAUAAGAGAACAUGUGUAGUGCCCUCUUUGUUUGAAGUCCAGGCAUAGAUACCAAGCCCUCCUUUCCACCAAGUCCCAGGCAUGCAUUCCCAGUGUCAUUUGCCCCUUAGGUUGACUUUUAUGUCAGAUCUUGAAUCUCAGCAACCUCAUCAGAGCCUCAACCGACAACCUUUGAAAGGGGUUUUUUCAUAAUAACCUCUUUGUGUCAGACAAAUGUCCAAGCAACUCAUUAUGCUUGGAGCAUAGGCCUCCACUCCCACUUGAGUGUUUCCUUGACCCUUAACAGCUGUCUUACCAGGUUUUGUCUCCUCUCCAAGUUGAGGCCACAUAGUGUUUAAAUUACUUCAUAAGAGAAGAGGUUUUUGACUCUGCAGUAAUGGCCUGUACUGAGUGAAGUGGGAAUGUAAGUGUAGAUCGUUUCUUGUUUGUAGCUUAGCAAUGUUUUUUCUUCAUUCUUCCAAACCCUUCAAAAGUGCCACAGAAAACCUAGUCCAAUUAUUAGUUUCAGUGGCCUGAAGUAUAUAAUGUGGUAACGUCUUGCUUUGAGAUUGAGAAGGCCUUGAGGUGCUGGUUAUAGAUUACAGAGAUCUGGUCACAUAAGUGUAGUGAUGAAUGCAGUGUAACUGUUAACACUGUGCAGCCCUUGAGAGCCCGUCUGCAUUGCAAGAUUGAAUUUCAAAAUAUUUGGACAUAUGAUGAGGCUCUCUAGCCAUCGUGUUAUCAUGAAUGAAGAGAAAAAAGUAAAAUAACAAUAGUAAGAGGAUCAGAAGUCAAAAGUUCAGCAUUGUUGCCAGAUAUUAAAUCUCAGAUUAUCCUUUGAGCCUAUUCAUCUUUUUAGCCUAUCAGAAAUAUUAUUCUGAGCUGGGGUAUAGCUCAUUUGGCAGAGUGUCAGACUAGCAUGCCAGAGGCCCUCAGUUUUAUUUGUGUUGUUUUUUGUUUGGUUGGUUGGUUUUGGUUUUGGUUUUGGUUUUUCGAGACAGAGUUCUCUGUGUAGCUUUGGAGCCUGUCCUAGCACUCGGUCUGUAGACCAGGCUGGCCUCGAACUCACAGAGAUCCGCCUGCCUCUGCCUCCCAAGUGCUGGGAUUAAAGGCAUGCGCCACCAACACCCAGUGAGGCCCUCAGUUUAAACCCCAGACCACAUGAGCUGGGAUAGUAGCGCACAGGCCUGUAGUCCCAGCACUCCAGGGAUGGGAGCAGGAGGAGCAGGAGCUCAAAGUCAUCCUCGGCUGUCCAAGUUUCCUGGCCUGUUUCAAAAUGGUGAAAGACUAUUUUUUUUUAAUAUUUCUUUAGAGAAUGCUGCAAUCUUAAAGUUUAUUUUGAAUUUUUUCAUAUAGAAGAGGACAACAGCAGGUGCUAAUCUACAUGGUGUUUCUUUAACUCAAAUAGGUACAUGGUUUUGUUUUUACUGGGAGGAAAUGUGUGAUUUUUAAAACACUGAUGGGUUCAGUAGCUGCACAUUACGAACCCUGUUUCUGUCAACACAUCAGCACAUUACGGGAUGAGAACAGACCAGGGUUGGAUGGGGUUUGGCACUCAGGUAAAGUGCUUGUGAACCCUUUAUCUAGAGGAGGGCUGGACUUGAACAUUAACAAGGACAGCCUUACUAGGACCAGGAAAGGGGCUUCUUGUUUCCCUCCUAGGUCACCAGAACAUGAAGAUUUCCAUAAGACUAGCAUUACUUCAGUGACUGUCUGUGUGCUGCUUGGGUCUGGGGCAGUUUUUUGCUUGGUGUGGAAACUGAGGUGAUUAUACUACCAUGGCUGUUCGUGCUUUUUCACUCACCAUCAGGUUGGUCAGAAUUAGUAUUCUGGCUGGUCUGCUUCUCUCCUCUGUUAGGGGGUUGCACAGGAAAGAAAAUCUGAAGAUGUCUAAGACUGCUGUAAACAUGGAGUGUGUGCACUGGACUGGGCAUGAUUCAGAAGUAGUUUUUCUGUUCUUCGUGUUAGCCGUGGCUUUUGUGUGGAAUGGCAGCUCUCCAGAGCCCUAGCUCCCACUCUGUCCUCGGGUACAGCAGUUUAGGAGCAGGAUUUUUGUUUGAAGUUCCAGAGGACACUUGCCAUUAAGUGGGUUUGCAUUAGUGUUUCCUUUGCUUCCAUCCAGAUUUAGCUCUGGUUCCUCCCAGGUACAGUUCCUGAGAAGGCCUGUUAAGGGGUUGAGCUGCAAGAAGCAGCCUUCUUCGGGAUUCUCAGUCAAGAGACUGAGCCCCAGGCGGGACCAUAGAUUAGCCACAUCAUUGGCAAACUCAGCAGCUCCAGAGCCCAACCCACAGUUUUACUUCAUUUCCAAACACUUGCAGGGAGAGGGUCACCUUCUGCUACAGAUUAAACAAGUUCAGAGAACAUUCUGCUUUAUACCCCUUGGCUUAUUCAAGUCAGUAAUGAACUCUCCUGCUUGCCUCAGCAGUAGAAAUUCACCUUCCCAACCCAUCCCUGGGAUACCUUUUAAAAUUAUUAAUUUAAAUGACUUAAACUUGUUUCUUAAAAGCAAGUAAUAUCGGUUUCAGAUUUUUAAGUGCAAGCUUUUCUAUGUUUGAAUAAUAAUUAUCAGUUCUUACAGAGCACCCUCUUGUCACUGACCCAUCUAGGAAAGCUCUUGAGCUUUCAGAGGACAGGGUGAUGAAAUUUGCAUGAGCAAGAGUGACUUUCUUUCAAAAAGAUCCUGAGGAUGACACAUAAUCCAAUAGACUUGGUUUCUCAGAAGUUCAAAGAAACAAUGGAGUUGCAUCAGCUGGCUCCUCCUAAGAUGUAUAUGUGGCAGGCGGGUCCUGAGACAACGUGUGCGUGCCUACAGAAAUACCUCUUAGGGCAUCCCUUUAAAAAAAUGUCAGUCCACUUUAUGAACUAGUGAUUCCUAAACUUUCUUGAGGUUCUUUGCUUUGGUUUUUUUUUUUUUUUUUUUUUUAGAUUUUACAAAAUUCUAUCCUCUUUAAAAUGUACUAUAUGUGUUAUAUGUAUAUAUAAGUUAAAGUGACUUAAGCUAGGUAUCAUUAUUGGUAGCAUAGCAAAUAUGGAGCAGCAGAUGACUGUCACCAUCUGAGAGCAGAGUACAGAAAGUAGUUUUGGCUCUUCAUCAGGUAGUGCUCAGGUGUUUGAGCAACAAACAGCCCAGCUAGCCUUGGUAAAUGCAACAAGCCACCCAAGGAGAGGUCAGGAGUACCUUGACCCCAUGUGUCAGCACACUUUUAUUAUUAUUAUUAUUAUUAUUAUUAUUAUUAUUAUUAUUAUUAUUAUGUCCUCAUUGUUUCCUAGGAAGUCUUGGAACUGAAAUCAGACUGAACUGUUUGGUUGCCGUGACAUUUCCACAGCUGUGUUUUAGGGGUUCCCAUCCUCUAUGUGUGGCUUUUGAAUAUAAAUAGCAUGGAUAUGUCAUUUCCAAACCCUCAAGGAAAUUAUCAAUUUCUAGUUCACUAAAAGGUUAAAUGCUAAUUAUCUCAAUGACUGCCAUCCUGCAGAAAAGCUGAAAUAAGUAGUAAAGGUUGAAUUUUGACUGGUGCUUAGAUAUUUCUAGCUAUAUUAGGAUCAACUCAAGCAAACAGCAGUGUAUUUAUCUGAGUCACACCUGUGAGGAAUUUAUUUUCCAAAUUUGAUUUUGUUUUUCAUCUCCAGGGCCUUAAUAAGAGUGUGUUAAUACACAUGACUAUUUUACAAAGAUAGUUCAAAAUAAUUUAUUUUUUAUUUCAAGAAAGAGAAAUCCACCUUAGAAAUACAAAACCCAAGAUUUUAUUUUAUUUUUAAAGCCAUAUUUUUGUGCUUUGUAGCACUUAGAUUGUUCCAUAUGUGAUCCAUAUCUGCAUUUCAUUACCUGGGUUCUAAAAAAGAUUUAUUUUUGUUCUGUGAAUAAUUUUUGACAGUUCUUGUACAUGUACAGAUAUAGAUACGUUUGAGGUCUUUUAUUGAUAUUCCUACAAAAAAUACAAAUAAACUUUAACUUUAAACAUUUCAGA